AUGGAAGCGGCAGCGCGGGUUCAGGACUGGGCAUCGCGGCCAGUUCUGCCAUCGUUACGGCCGCUGCCCUUGCUGCUGCUGCUGGCGGUCAUGGUGCCCCUUUUGGGGAGCGCGGAGACUCCGAACCCCCGGCACGCAGCCCCACUCAGCCUGCACCCGCCCUACUUUAACUUGGCCCAGGCAGCUAAGAUUUGGGCCACAGCCACCUGCGGGGAGCGGGGACCCGGCGGCGGGCAGCCUCGUCCGGAGCUGUACUGCAAGUUAGUGGGGGGCCCCACGGCCCAGGGCAGCGGCCACACCAUCCAGGGCCAGUUCUGUGACUAUUGUAAUUCUGAGGAUUCUAAGCGUGCACAUCCAGCCACAUAUGCGAUUGAUGGAUCAGAACGGUGGUGGCAAAGCCCUCCUCUCUCCUCUGGCACACAGUACAAUAGAGUCAGCCUCACCUUGGAUCUGGGUCAACUCUUCCAUGUGGCCUAUAUUUUAAUCAAAUUUGCUAAUUCUCCUCGUCCUGAUCUUUGGGUCCUGGAAAGAUCUGUCGACUUUGGAGCCACCUAUUCACCAUGGCAGUAUUUUGCUCAUUCUAAAGGAGACUGUCUAGAACAAUUUGGGCAAGAGGCAAAUGUGGUGGUCACCAGGGACGACGAUGUUCUCUGUGUGACUGAAUAUUCCCGCAUUGUUCCCUUGGAAAAUGGUGAGGUUGUGGUAUCCUUGAUUAAUGGGCGUCCAGGUGCCAGAAAUUUUACUUUUUCUGACACCCUGAGGGAGUUUACCAAGGCCACAAACAUCCGCUUACGCUUUCUCCGAACCAACACCCUCCUUGGGCAUCUUAUCUCCAAAGCACAGCGAGAUCCAACAGUCACACGUCGGUAUUAUUACAGCAUAAAGGAUAUCAGCAUUGGUGGGCGGUGUGUUUGUAAUGGCCAUGCUGAACUGUGCACUGAAAACAAUCCUGAAAAACUGUUCCGAUGUGAAUGCCAGCACCACACCUGUGGGGAGACGUGCAAUCGCUGCUGUGUGGGGUACAAUCAGAGGCGCUGGCAGCCUGCAGCGUGGGAGCAGAGCAAUGAGUGUGAAGCCUGUAACUGUCAUGGCCAUGCCGUCGACUGUUACUACGAUCCAAAUGUUGAGCAGCAGCACUCGAGCUUGAACAGCCAGGGUGUCUAUGCAGGUGGAGGGGUCUGCAUCGACUGUCAGCACAACACAGCUGGUGUGAACUGUGAAAAGUGUGCCAAGGGUUAUUACCGCCCUUAUGGAGCUUCGGUUGAUGCCCCCGAUGGCUGCAUCCCUUGCAGCUGUGACCCUGAGCAUGCGGAUGGCUGUGAACAGGGCUCCGGCCAUUGCCACUGUAAGCCCAAUUACCAUGGAGACAACUGUGAGACGUGUGCAGAUGGAUACUAUAACUUCCCAUUUUGUUUGAGAAUUCCUAUAUUUCCUACUUACAACCCAAGCCUAGAAGGUCCAGUAGCUGGUGACAUACAAGGCUGUGACUGUAACUUGGAAGGCGUUCUUCCUGAAAUAUGUGAUGACCAGGGAAGGUGCCUGUGUCGCCCUGGGGUUGAGGGCCCCCGCUGUGAUCACUGCCGCUCUGGUUUAUACUCAUUCCCUAUUUGCCAAGCCUGCCAGUGCUCAUCCCAUGGAUCCUACCCGGUGCCAUGCAACCCAGUGACUGGACAGUGUGAAUGCCUGCCAGGGAUGACAGGACAGCGCUGUGACAGGUGUCUUUCAGGAGCCCAUGACUUCCCCCACUGCCAAGGUUCUAGCAGUGUUUGUGACCUAGCAGGGACCAUGGACUCCAGCUUGGGUUAUUGCCAAUGCAAGCUUCAUGUUGAAAGUCCUACUUGCAGUAUCUGCAAACCUUUAUAUUGGAAUCUGGCCGAAGAGAACCCCAGUGGAUGUUCAGAAUGCCAGUGCCAUGGGGCAGGAACCCUGAGCGGAAUUGGAGAGUGUGGGCAGAGAGAUGGUGACUGUCACUGCAAGGCCCAUGUAACGGGAGAUGCCUGUGACACCUGCGAAGAUGGAUACUUUGCUUUGGAGAAGAGCAAUUACUUUGGGUGUCAAGGGUGUCAGUGUGACAUUGGGGGAGCAUUCAACACCAUGUGCAGUGGGCCCUCUGGAGAAUGCCAGUGCCGAGAGCAUGUGGUGGGAAAGGCGUGCCAGCGGCCUGAGGAUAACUACUAUUUCCCGGAUUUGCAUCAUAUGAAGUUUGAAAUUGAAGAUGGUACUUCACCUAAUGGAAGAGAGUUUCGGUUUGGAUUUGACCCGCUGGCAUUUCCUGACUUUAGUUGGAGGGGAUAUGCCCAAAUGACCUCGGUACAGAAUGAAGUAAGGUUAACGCUGAAUGUGGGGAAAUCAAAUCUCUCUUUAUUUCGCAUUAUUCUGAGAUAUAUUAAUCCUGGAGCUGAAACAGUAUCUGGCCAUAUAACUAUUUAUCCAUCUUGGACAAAGUCAGGUGCUACUCAAAGCAAAGAGAUCACUUUUCUGCCCAGCAAGGAGCCAGCCUUUGUCACAGUCCCAGGAAAUGGCUUUGCAGAUCCAUUCUCAAUCACACCAGGGACAUGGAUUUUUUGUAUCAAGGUGGAGGGAGUCCUUCUGGACUACCUGGUGCUACUCCCCAGGGACUACUACGAAGCCCCAGUGCUGCAGCUGCCAGUCACAGCGCCAUGUGCCUCUUCAGGAUCUCCCCAGGCCAACUGCUUGCUUUACCAGCAUUUGCCAGUGGCCAGGUUCUCCUGUACUGUGGCUUGUGAGGCCACAUACUUCCUGCUUGAUGGGGAACCGAGACCCGUGGCCGUGAGGCAGCCCACGCCUGCACACCCAGUCAUGGUGGACCUCAGCGGGAGACAGGUGGAAUUGCAUCUGCGGCUGCAUGUCCCACAGGUUGGCCACUACGUGAUUGUGCUGGAAUAUGCCACAGAAGUAGACCAGCUGUUUGUGGUGGACGUCCAUUUGAAGAGCCCUGGGUCUGAUCUGGGAGGCCAGGUGAACAUAUACAGCUGCAAAUACAGCAUUCUCUGCCGGAGCCUGGUGGUGGAUGGCAGGAGUCGCCUGACUGUGUAUGAACUAUUAGCAGAUGCAGACAUUGUGCUCAAGGUGCACAAGGCCCAGUUCCUUCUGCAUCAGAUUUGUAUCAUACCCAUUGAAGAAUUCUCAACAGAAUUUAUGAGACCUCAAGUCCACUGUAUUGCCAGUUAUGGGCCGUUUGCUAAUCAAAGUGCCACCUGUAUCUCCUUGCCUCAUGAAACUCCUCCAACAGCCUUAGUUUUAGAUGUUCCUAGUCAGGGGCCUUCCUCUCUCUUGCCCCAGGAGCCUUCCCUUUCUGAGGAUGUCAUUCCUGGAGUCACGUUGGAAGGCCCACAGAGCCAAGUGACCCUGAGAGGACUUGUACCACACCUGGGCCGAUAUGCCUGUAUCAUCCACUUUUAUCAAACAAUGCACCCAACGUUUCCUGCCCAGGUGUUUGUAGAUGGAGGACAGCCGUGGUCAGGUUCCUUCCUUGCCUCCUUUUGCCCCCAUGUACUUGGCUGCCGGGACCAAGUGAUCAAUGAAGGCCAGGUUGAAUUUGAUGUCUCGGAGCCUGAGGUAGCUGUGACCGUGAAGGUUCCAGAAGGAAAGUCCUUAGUAUUGGUCCGAGUACUAGUGGUACCUGCAGAGAAUUAUGACUACCAGAUACUUCACAAAAAAACAGUGGACAAGUCCUUCGAGUUUAUUAACAGUUGUGGAGGGAACAGUUUUCAUAUUGACCCCCAGACAGCCUCCGGAUUCUGUAAGAAUUCUGCCAGGUCCCUGGUGGCCUUCUACCAUAAUGGCGCCCUGCCUUGUGAGUGCCACCCAGCCGGGGCCACUGGCCGUCACUGCAGCCCUGAGGGUGGGCAGUGCCAAUGCAAGCCGCAUGUCAUCGGGCGGCAGUGUACCCGCUGUGCAGUGGGUCACUAUGGAUUCCCUCAAUGCAAGCCAUGCGACUGUGGCAGGCGCCUUUGUGAAGAGACAACAGGGCAGUGCCUCUGCCCUCCCCACACCGUCAGGCCCCAGUGUGAGACCUGUGAGACAGAUUCCUUCAGCUUCCACCCCCUGACUGGCUGUGAAGGCUGCAACUGUUCCAUAAAGGGCACCAUUGGGGCUGCCAUCCACGAGUGUGACAGAGAUAGUGGGCAGUGCAGAUGCAAGCCUAGAAUGACAGGGCGGCAGUGUGACCAGUGUGCUUCUGGGUUCUACCAUUUCCCUGAAUGUCUUUCCUGUAAUUGCAACAGACAUGGAACUGAGCCUGCAGUGUGUGACCAGGUGACUGGGGCUUGCCUUUGCAAGGAAAAUGUGGAAGGCACAGAAUGCAACAUGUGUAGAGAAGGAUCGUUCCAUUUGGACCCAGAGAAUCCCAAGGGUUGCACCAGCUGUUUCUGUUUUGGGGUGGGAAGUCAUUGUCACAGUACACAUAAGCGCAGGGCUAAGUUCAUGGAUAUGAUGGGCUGGCGCCUAGAGAUGACAGAUGGGGUUGAUGUCCCCGUCUCCUUCAACCCAGGCAGCAACAGUGUGGUUGCAGAUCUCCAGGAGCUGCCACCCACCAUUCACAGUGUAUCCUGGGUGGCCCCUCCAUCUUACCUGGGGGACAAGGUUUCCUCUUAUGGUGGCUUCCUCACUUACCAAGUCAAGUCCUUUGGCUUACCUGGCGACAUGGUUCUUCUAGGACAGCAGCCAGAUGUGCAGCUCACUAGUGGAUUCACAACCAUUGUCCAUAAGGGGCCCAGUGAACCACGGCCGGACCGCCUACAUCAUGGGCGAGUGCAGGUUGUUGAGGGAAACUUCAGACAUGCUGGCAGCAGCAGCCCGGUGUCCAGGGCAGAGCUGAUGGGGGUGCUGUCCAGACUGGAGGGGCUGCGCAUCCGUGGUCUUCACUUCACCGAGACCCAGCGGCUCACCCUAGGCAAGGUGGGGCUGGAGGAGGCCUCUGACACUGGAAGUGGGCACAGAGCACAUCUUGUGGAGAAGUGUGCCUGCCCUCCUGACUACACUGGUGACUCAUGUCAGGGAUGUCGCCCUGGAUACUAUCGAAGUAACAAAGGCUUAUACACUGGACAGUGUGUUCCUUGCAGUUGUAAUGGACAUUCAAAUCGCUGCCAGGAUGGCUCCGGAAUAUGCAUUAACUGUCAGCACAACACCGCCGGGGAGCACUGUGAGCGCUGCAAGGAGGGUCACUAUGGGAACGCUGUCCACGGACCCUGCAGAGUCUGCCCAUGUCCUCACACCAACAGCUUUGCCACUGGAUGUGUAGUGAACGAGGGUCACGUGAGGUGUGCCUGCAAACCCGGAUACACAGGGACCCAAUGUGAGAGAUGUGCAUCUGGAUAUUUCGGGAAUCCUCAGAAAUUUGGAGGUAGCUGUCAACCAUGCAAUUGUAAAAGCAAUGGCCAGCUGGGGAUUUGUGACCCCCUAACCGGAGACUGCAUAAAUCAAGAACCCAAAGAUAGCAGCCCAGCAGAAGAAUGUGAUGAUUGUGACAGCUGUGUGAUGAUACUCUUAAAUGACUUGGCCACCAUGAGCGAGGAGCUCCGCCUGGUCAAGAUGCAGCUGCAGGGCUUGAGUGCUAAUGCUGGUGCUCUGGACCAAAUUCGGCAUAUAGAGACCCAGGCCAAGGACCUGAGGAACCAGGUACUCAGCCACCGUUCUGCCAUUUCAAACCAUGGAUCAAAAAUGGAUGGCCUUCAAAAAGAACUGAGCAAUUUGAAUCAUGAAUUUGAAGAUUUGCAAGAAAAGGCACAAAUAAAUUCUAGAAAGGCACAAUCAUUGUACAAUAACAUUGAUCGGACAAUCCAAAAUGCAAAAGAGCUGGAUAUGAAAAUUAAAAAUGUCAUCCGGAAUGUGCACAUUCUCUUGAGACAGAUCUCUGGGACGGACAGAGAAGGAAACAACUUGCCUUUGGGUGACUUCUCCAGAGAGCUGGCGGAGGCGGAACGCAUGAUGAGGGAAAUGCGGAAUCGAAACUUUGGCAAGCACCUCAGAGAAGCAGAAGCCGAAAAAAGGGAAGCUCAGCUCUUGCUCAACCGAAUAAGGGGCCGGCUGGGCAGCCACCAAGUGGAGAGCAAUGGACUGGUUAAGAAUAUACGCAAUGCUUUAAGUGAUUAUGAAGCCAAACUCCAUCACCUGCGUGCCACGCUCCAGGAGGCAGCUACCCGGACAAAGCAGGCCACGGGCCUCAACCACGAAAAUGAGCAGGCUUUGGGAGCCAUGAAGAGACAAAUGAAAGAAAUGAAUUCCCUGCAGAGUGAGUUCACCAAGUACCUGGCCACAGCAGACUCUUCUUUGCUGCAGACCAACAACAUGCUGAAACUGAUGGACAAAAGCCAGAAGGAAUAUGAAAAACUCGCUGCCAGUUUAAAUCGAGCAAGACAAGAGCUCAGUGACAAAGUGCAAGAACUCUCCAGAUCUUCCAUCAAAGCUCCCCUGGUGGGAGAGGCAGAAAAGCGUGCACAGUCUUUACAGGAGCUGGCAAGGCAGCUGGAGGAGAUAAAGAGAAAUGCCAGCAGGGAUGAGCUGGUACGCGGUGCUGUGGAUGCCGCCACUGCCUAUGAGAACAUCCUCAAUGCCAUCAAAGCAGCGGAGGAUGCGGCCAACAAGGCCACCAGUGCGUCCGAGUCUGCCCUCACGACAGUAGUAAAAGAAAAUCUUCCAAGAAAAGCUAAGACCCUGAGUUCUGCCAGUGAUGAACUAUUAAAGGAAGCUAAGAUAACCCAGAAGACGCUACAGCAAGAAAUCAGUCCUGCUCUCAACAACCUACAACAAACAUUGAACAUUGUGUCAAUUCAGAAGGAAUUAAUAGACACCAACCUCACUACUCUCCGGAAUGAUCUUCACAGGAUACAGAGAGGUGACAUCGAUAGUAUGAUCAGUCAGGCAAAGAGCAAGGUCAAAAAGGCCAACGACAUCACCAGUGAGGUGCUGGAUGGGCUCAACCCCAUUCAGACAGACGUGGGAAGAAUUAAGGAUACCUAUGGGAGCACUCAGAGCGAAGACUUCAACAAGGCUCUGACAGAUGCCAAUAACUCAGUGAAAAAAUUAACCAAGAACCUGCCUGAUCUUCUGAGUAAGAUUGAAAGUAUCAACCAACAGCUGUUGCCCCUGGGGAACAUCUCUGACAAUGUGGACCGAAUACGAGAACUAAUUCAGCAGGCCCGGGAUGCCGCCAAUAAGGUUGCAGUCCCCAUGAGGUUCAAUGGUAAAUCUGGAGUCGAAGUCCGACUGCCAAGUGACCUGGAAGAUUUGAAAGGCUACACUUCUCUAUCCUUGUUUCUCCAAAGACCUGACUCUAGAGAAAAUGUGGGGACAGAAGAUAUGUUUGUGAUGUACCUUGGAAAUAAAGAUACUUCCAAGGACUACAUCGGCAUGGCUGUUGUGGAUGGCCAGCUCACCUGUGUGUACAACCUGGGAGACCGAGAGGCAGAGCUCCAGGUGGACCAGAUCUUGACUGAGAGUGAGACUCAAGAGGCAGUGAUGGACCGAGUGAAAUUUCAGAGAAUUUAUCAGUAUGCAAGACUCAGUUAUACUAAAGAAGCCACAUCCACUAAACCAAAAGCACCUCAAUUCCAUGACAUGGAGAGUGGAAAUAGCAACACGCUCCUUAAUUUAGAUCCUGAAAAUGUAGUGUUUUAUGUUGGAGGUUACCCACCUGAUUUUAAACUUCCCAGUAGACUAAAUUUUGCCCCAUACAGAGGCUGUAUUGAAUUAGAUGACCUCAAUGAAAAUGUUCUGAGUUUAUACAACUUUAAAACAACGUUCAAUCUCAACACAACUGAAGUGGAACCUUGUAGAAGGAGAAAAGAGGAAUCGGACAAAAAUUAUUUUGAAGGUACAGGCUAUGCUCGAAUUCCAACUCAACCAAAUGCCCCCAUCCCAACCUUUUCGCAAACAAUUCAGACCACUGUGGAUAGAGGUUUGCUGUUCUUUGCAGAAAACCAGGAUCACUUCAUAUCCCUGAACGUAGAAGAUGGCAAUCUCUUGGUGAGAUACAAACUGAAUUCGGAGCAGCCCAAAGAGAAAGGAAUUAGAGACACCAUCAACAAUGGGAAAGAUCAUAUGAUUCAGAUCAAAAUUGGAAAAGCCCAAAAACUUAUGCGGAUAAAUGUAGAUAGCCAAAACAUUAGAAUUGAAGGGGAAAUAUUUGAUUUCAACACAUACUAUCUGGGAGGAAUCCCAAUUGCCAUCAGGGAAAGGUUUAACAUUUCAACACCUGCUUUCCGAGGCUGCAUGAAAAAUCUGAAGAAAACUAGUGGUGUUGUCAGGUUGAAUGAUACCGUAGGAGUCACCAAAAAGUGUUCGGAAGACUGGAAGCUGGUGCGGUCGGCCUCCUUCUCCAGAGGAGGACAGCUGAGCUUCACUAACUUGGACUCACCCUUGCCUGAACACUUCCAGGCUUCCUUUGGGUUUCAGACCUUUCAACCCAGUGGUGUGUUAAUACAUCAUCAGACACAGGCAAGUAGCUUGCAGGUCACUCUGGAAGAUGGGCACAUUGAAUUGAGCACCCGGGACAGCAGUAGCCCAAUUUUCAAGUCUCCACAGACAUACAUGGAUGGAUUGCUGCAUUAUGUGUCUGUAAUAAGCGACAGCUCAGGCCUCCGGCUUCUCAUUGAUGAUCAGCCACUGAGAAGGAGCCAAACCCUAAAAUUUCCAAAUGCCCCACAGUCUCUCCGCCUGGGUGGGAGUUACUUUGAGGGUUGUAUCAACAAUGUUUUUGUUCAUAGGUUAUUUCACAGUCCUGAAGUCCUUGACUUUACCAGUAGAUCUACCAAGAAAGAAGCAUCCCUGGGAGGCUGCAGUUUAAACAAGCCACCUUUCCUCAUGUUAUUUAGAGAUUCUAUGAGGGACAACAAAGCUAAGAUGUUCAACAUCAACCGGCUGAUCCAGGAUGCACCAGUAUCCUCUCCCAGGAGCCUGAAGGUGAGGCAAGAUGUGAAGACAUGCUCACCACCUCUCAAGGCCCAGGCCAGUCCAGGGGCCCUCCAGUUUGGGGACAGUCCCACCAGCCACGCACUAUUCAAGCUUCCCCAGGAAUUGCUGAAUGCCAGGUCACAGUUUGCUGUGGACGUGCUGACAACGUCCUCCAGAGGACUGCUGUUUCACACAGGCACCAAGAACUCCUUCAUGGCUCUUUAUCUCUCUAAAGGACACCUUGUCUUUGCAUUGGGGGCAGAAGGGAAGAAACUGACGCUCAAGAGCAAAGCAAAAUACAACGAUGGGAAAUGGCACACGGUGGUGUUCGGGCAAGAUGGGGGGAAGGGGCACUUGACUGUGGAUGGGCUGAGGGCCCAGCAGGGUAGCUUGCCUGGAAAUUCUACCAUCAACACCAUAGCCCACGUUUACUUGGGAUCAUCUCUGUCUGGAAAGCCAAAGAGUAUCCCCCAACGCAGUUUUGUGGGAUGCCUGAAGAAUUUCCAGUUGGAUUUAAAACCCUUGGGUUCCCCUUCUUCAAGCUUUGGGGUGUCUCCCUGCAUGGGUGGCUCUUUGGAGAAAGGCAUCUACUUCUCCCAAGGAGGAGGACACAUUGUCAUGGCUAACUCUGUGCUGUUGGGGCCACAAUUUAAGCUUGUUUUCAGCAUCCGCCCAAGAAGUCUCACUGGAAUCCUAAUCCACAUCGUCAACCAGCUGGGACCGCAUCUGAGUGUGUAUAUGGAGGCAGGAAAGGUCACAGCCUCUGUGAACAUCGGGGCAGGUGGGGCCUUGACAUCGGUUACACCAAAGCAGUCACUGUGCGAUGGACAGUGGCACUCAGUGGCAGUCACAAUCAAACACCACAUCCUGCACUUGGAAUUGGACGCAGAUAACAGCUACACUACUGGACAGUUCACUUUUACAUCUAACAGCACCCAGGGGCCACUAUACAUUGGAGGUGUCCCAGCAAACUUGAAGACACUGAUGAUUCCUGUCUGGAGAUCAUUUUUUGGCUGUCUGAAGAAUAUUCAAGUCAACCGCAUCCCUGUCUUUGUCACGAAAGCCACAGAGGUCCAGGGGUCUGUCCAUCUGAAUGGUUGCCCUGACCACUAACCUCGAGUUGUAACACACAGGGAAAUUCACCCUCAAGAGCACCAUCUAACUUCUGUGCCUCACCCCAACUCAAGGUCAUCCUUGCCUCUAGACACCAUCAGCACAAAUCUCCUUUCCAGUUCCAAUACAUACAGCUAUCAUUUGGGCUUUCAGUGCUACAUAAGCAUUUUGUGAAAAAUGCAAGUCCCAUGUCUCAAAGAAGAUGAACAAAUUGUUAUCCACACAUGUUAUUCAGACACAAUAUCUUUGGUAUUAUUACUUCCCACAAAAAAUAAAUGUCUUUUAAGAAACAUUUUUCCACUUGUAGAUCAAUUCUGUUAAGUGCACUUAAAAAGAAGGAAACUUUUAAAUAUGUUACAGGGCUGUAAUUUAUGGGGUUAAAAUUGUGCAACCUGCUCUUCAAAUUAAUGAUAUUUUAUGAGCAUAAAUCCAG